AUGCACUUGCUUGUAUACCAGUGUAAACAGCGAGUGCUUCGAACGAUUAUCAUGAUGUAUAUGGCAUACCUGCUGUUAAUCGUGCAAGUCGUAUCAGCUGCGACGGAAGAAAAGCCGAGUUCAGAAACACCAGAUUCACCUUAUGAAACUCAAACUGCGCAAUGUACGAUCACUUCUGGCGACAUUGAAGCUAGCGCACAAGCAUCCAUUAGCAAAACUCUCGUAGGAGUAUGCGGCACAGAUGAAAUGUUGGAGGCUUUUCGAACCCUGGAGAUUAAAAUGCUUGAAGAGAUGUACAACCUUCGGAAAAUGAUACGAGAUCCUUAUUUUAAUCCUCCUCCGUUACGUCCAUCCGUGUACAAAUCGAUAAAAAGAACUACAACAACAUCGAACACAUCUUCGAACACAGCAUUACCACAGUCCCCUAUGGAAAAGACACAAGGAUCGGAAAUUACUACUCCAUCUUCCAAGAACAAGAAUGAAUCCGCACCAUCGUCCACUACACCAUCCGCGCAGGUUGUCUUUCCUGAUGAGAAUUAUGAUGACGAAGAUGAAGACGAUAGCCGUGAAGCCUUAUACGGUGGUGCAAAGAAAGAAAAUAGUGCGCUAAUUAAAUCAAUGUCCGGAUUGAACAACAAUCAUACUGUGUCACGCAUAUCGCUCGACGAUACAAAGUUACCAACAGUUUCUUCACCGAUCGACUUCAAACCCAUCGACAAACCUACCGAGCAGAAAUUCCUCACUGGAGGACUUCGAGACUAUGAAGUGUACCGUUUCAACAAUACCGUUAUAUCUUCAGGCGACGCGAAAGUAUUUAAAUACUUUUGGAAAAUAGAAAAUUUUAUGAAGCGUGUUCGUGCCAUCACUACCUUAAAUGGAGCAACAUUCUCUAGCCCAGUGUUUGUGAUCUCGGGGUUGAACCUUCGAUUACAUGCUAAAACGAUUAUAAAAUCGAAUGGCGAAGUACUGUAUGUGCAACUGGAGCAGCUAGCAGCGUCCGACGAUGCACUACGGAAAACACCUAACGUUAUUCUAGCUUCCGGUGCUCUUUACGGACAAGUGGAAACGAAGAAAUUCUUCCGUCAUAAGAUUAUGAUCCUCAACCAAGAUAAACCUUUCAGUGAUUUGAUCUCCACAGAUCUUACCAACACUAACGCAAAAUUUGAGGCACCACUAUCAGCAUUGACGGCAGAACCAUAUCUUAAAGACGAUAAGCUGCUAAUUAAAGUUAUCAUAUUCCUUUAA